UACCAAUCCCUUCGUUUCCCCUUCAAAUUUCUCACUUCCCUCUUCUCCUUUCUUUUCCAUUCCCCUUUACUGUCUUUAGUUUUCUCAUUUCUACUACCCCUUUCAAACUCUCCGAUUAGGGCACACGUGAUGCCUCUCUUCCUCUCCGACGAGGAGUUCUCGCGGUGCUCCGGUGACGGCGCCGCCGUGGCAGCGAAGGCCGACGCGUUCAUCCGCGGCCUCCUCCACGAGCUCGACACUGUCCGCGCCAAGGCCGACGCCGCUGAUAUCAACGCCGAGCAGAACUGUUCCCUCAUCGAGCAGAAAUACCUCUCCCUCACCGCCGAGUUUUCCAAGUUGGAGGCCCACGUCGCCGACCUCCAAUCUUCCCUCAGUCAGCGCCUCCGCGAACUCGCCGAGGUGCAAUCGCAGAACCACCAAAUUCAGUUGCAAUCGGUUGAGAAAGAUAGGGAAAUAGAGCGGUUGAGGAUGGAGGUGGGGGAAUUACACAAGUCAAAGAGGCAGUUGAUUGAGUUGAACGAGCAGAAGGAUUUGGAGCUUAGUGAGAAGAAUGCAACUAUGAAGAGCUAUCUUGAUAAGAUUGUCCAUUUAAGUGAAAAUGCUGCUCAUAAGGAGGCUCGAUUGAGUGAAGUUGAGGCAGAAUUAGCGCGGUGCCGGGCUGCUUGCAGUCGCCUUGAACAGGAGAAGGAGAUUAUUGAGAAGCAGAAUUCUUGGCUUAAUGAGGAGUUGAAUGUUAAAGUUAAUAGUGUUUUUGAGCUACGCAGAAAGAACGCAGAUUUGGAAGCUGAUACAUCUUUCAAGCUUACAGAUAUGGAGAGACAAUUGAACGAAUGCUCUCAAUCUCUACAAUGGAAUAAGGAUAGAAUAAGGGAGCUUGAAAUGAAGCUUAAAUCUGUGCAGGAGGAAUUAAUUUCAGCUAAAGAUGCUGCAGCAACCAAUGAAGAACAAUUAUCUGCUGAACUCUCUACUGUUAAUAAGCUUAAUGAGUUGUAUAAAGAGAGUUCCAAGGAAUUGUCAAAAAAAGCAACUGACCUAGAAGGUGUGAUAAAAGCGUUGGAGUCCGACUUAAAGCAAGUUGGGGAUCAUUAUAAAGUGGAACUUGAGAAGGAAUUAUCUGCCAGAAAACAGGUUGAAAAGGAGGUCACUGAUUUAAAAGAGAAGCUUGAGAAAUUUGAAGCUGAAAGUGAGGCAAGGAAGAAGACCAAUGAGCUGAAUAAUCUUCCUCUUAGCAGUUUCACUACUGAAUCGUGGAUGGAAUCAGUUGAAGCUGAUAGCAUGGUGGAGGAAAAUAGCUUGCUAGUCCCAAAACUUCCUGUUGGAGUUUCUGGAACUGCAUUGGCGGCUUCACUUCUUCGAGAUGGGUGGAGUUUGGCCAAAAUGUAUUCAAAAUACCAAGAGGCUGUUGAUGCAUUGAGGCAUGAACAAUUGGGAAGGAAGGAGUCAGAGGCAGUACUGCAACGGGUUCUAUUUGAGUUAGAGGAGAAAGCAGAAGCAAUUAUAGAUGAAAGAGAGGAGCAUGAAAAGAUGGCCGAUGCAUACUCUUUGAUGAGCCAAAAGUUGCAAAACUCCCUGAACGAAAAUUCCAACUAUGAGAAAACCAUCCAGGAACUGAAGGCUGAUCUGAAAAGGCGUGAACGUGAUUAUAAUCUUGUCCUGAAGGAAACUGACGACCUUCGAAAGCAAGUGACAGUACUUUUAAAGGAAUGUCGAGACAUUCAACUUCGUUGUGGCUCAAUGGGGUAUGAUAAUGUUGAUUAUUCUUCAAACACUGCUUCAAGGACAAUUACAGAGACUGAAGCUGAACAUGUCAUAUCAGAGCACCUGUUGACCUUUAAGGACAUUAAUGGACUAGUUGAGCAGAAUGUUCAACUUAGAAGCCUUGUACGUAGUCUUUCUGGCCAGAUUGAAAAUCAGGAGGUGGAAUUCAAGGAGAAGCUUGAAAUGGAGCUCAAAAAGCAUACUGAAGUAGCUGCUUCUAAAGUUGCAGCUGUUCUGCAGAGAGCAGAAGAGCAAGGGCAAAUGAUUGAGGCACUUCAUGCAUCUGUUGCCAUGUACAAAAGGUUGUAUGAGGAGGAGCAUAAUCUUCAUUUAUCUCAUAACCAUUCUUCAGAAGCACGUGCAGCUUUUGCCGAAGUUGGAAGAAACAACCUUAAGACUUCAAUUGAAAGUUCACAGGAGGCUUCUAAGAAGUCCCUGGAAAAAGCUGCUGAGCGUAUGAGAUGCCUUGAGGAUGAUUUAGCAAAGUCUAGGAGUGAGAUUAUUUUAUUACGAUCUGAACGUGACAAGAUGGCACUUGAAGCAGCUUUUUCUAGGGAAAGACUUGAUAGCUUUAUGAAAGAAUUUGGGCAUCAGAAAGCUGAAGCAAAAGCCAUUUUAGAAAGAAAUGUAGAGUUUUCUCAGCUGGUUGUUGACUACCAACGAAAACUGCGUGAAAGCUCUGAGUCUUUGAUUGCUGCUGAGGAGCUUUCUCGGAAACUUACUAUGGAGAUGUCAGUUUUAAAACAAGAAAAAGAAAUCAUAUCAAAUGCUGAGAAAAGAGCGUCUGAUGAGGUUCGCAGUUUGUCUGAAAGAGUGCAGCGUUUGCAGGCUAGUUUGGGCACCAUACAAAGUACUGAGCAAGUUCGAGAGGAAGCAAGAGCUGCAGAGAGGGUUAAGCAAGAAGAAUAUAUAAGGAAAUUGGAGAAGGAGUGGGCUGAAGCCAAGCAAGAGCUAAAUGAAGAGCGGGAAAAUGUGCGGAGAUUCACACUAGACAGGGACCAGACCAUAAAAGGUUCUCUGAGACAGGUUGAGGAUAUGAACAAAGAGUUAGCUAAUGCUUUACGUGCAGUUGCAUCUGCUGAAUCAAGGGCUGCUGUUGCCGAGGCAAAACUCUCUAGUCUACAAAGAAAGUUGGGUUCCUCUAAUGACAAGCUUGUCGAAAUGGGCGAAGAGAGUGGACCUUCCACUUUGUCAAGUGAUGAGGUUGUUACUGAAUUGCAAAAGGCAAAGGAGGAGAUAGAAAAGUUUAAAGAGGAAGCACAUGCCAACAAAGUUCACAUGCUUCAGUAUAAGAGCAUUGCUGAGGUCAAUGAAGAUGCACUGAAACAGAUAGAAAUGGCACAUGAGAAGUUUAAAACAGAGGCUGAAGAUGCCAAGAAAGUUCUUGAAUCUGAACUUAAUUCACUUAGAGAGAAGAUGUUAGAGAUUGAAAAUGAAUCUAGUUUGAAAUAUGAAGAAGUUGCUUCUGAAACUGUGGGAAAGGAAGAGGCUCUUACAUCUGCUAUGGCUGAAAUCACAAAUCUUAAAGAGGAAAUUUUAACAAAAUCCUCUCAAAUUUCAGCAUUGGAAAUUCAGCUAUCAGGUUUAAAGGAAAACCUGGACAGGGAGCAUCAGAAAUGGCGGGCAGCUCAAACUAAUUAUGAAAGACAGGUUGUUCUCCAGUCUGAAACGAUUCAGGAGUUAACAAAAACAUCUGAAGCACUAUCCUUGCUGCAGGAGGAGGCAUCUGAGUUACGGAAACUAAACAAUACUCAGAAAGUUGAAAAUAAUGAACUGAAGGCUAGGUGGGAAGAGGAGAAGGCACAAUUAGAGAAGUCUAGGAAUGAUGCUGAAAGGAAAUACAAUGAAAUCAAUGAACAGAAUAAAAUAUUACACAGCCAACUUGAGGCUUUCCAUAUUCGAUGGGCUGAGAAGGAGCGUAAUGCUGCUGGUAUUUCAUCCGGAAGUAGUAGUGCAGAUGCCUUUGGUGAUGCUGGACUUCAAAAUGUGAUUAAUUAUCUCAGACGAUCAAAAGAAAUAGCAGAAACAGAAGUUUCUUUGUUAAAACAAGAGAAGCUGCGGUUACAGUCACAGCUUGAGAGUGCUUUGAAGGCAGCAGAAUCUGCACACGCAUCACUAGAAUCUGAGCAUGCAAAACUAAAAUCGUUUUUGUUUACUGAAGAAGAGUUCAAAUCGCUGCAACUCCAGGUCAGAGAAAUGAACUUACUUCGUGAGAGUAACAUGCAGCUCAGGGAAGAAAAUAAACACAAUUUCGAGGAGUGCCAGAAACUGCGUGAACUAGCACAGAAGGCUAGAGCUGAGACAGAUAACCUUGAGAAUGCCCUGAAGGAAAGAGAAAUUGAGCUUGAAGGCUGUAAGAAGGAAAUUGAAACACUAAAACUGGAAAAAGAUAAUCUCAAUAACAAGGUUUUGGAGUUGCUUGAAAAGAGUAAAAACGUUGAUGUUGAGGAUUAUGAUCGAGUGAAGAAACUUGCUAGAGAAAUUCAGGAUAAACUCAGAGAUAGGGAUGCUCAGAUUGAGGAAAUGAGUAGAAGUCUAUCAGAGAAGCAGGAUUCUGUUUCACGUCUAGAAAAAGAUCUUGCAAGUUGCCGAUUGCAGCUUGCGGAGAGAGAGAAGAGAAUUCAUGACAUUCUGCAUAAUGAGGCUAACCUAAAACUUGAUUUGGAGAAGCAUAGGAAACUGCUGGCUCAGUAUAAGAAGAGGAUUGAUGUUUUGUUAAGGGAAAAGGAAGAGGCAGGUAAAGAGAACCAGCAACUCUCUAGGCAAUUAGAUGAGAUUAAACAAGGGAAAAGGUCAGCACCUGAUACAACUGGUGAACAAGCGAUGAAGGAAGAAAAGGACACAAGAAUACAGAUUCUGGAGAAACAUCUAGAGAGACUUAGAGAUGAAUUAAAGAAGGAGAAGGAAGAAAGUCGCCUAGAGAGAGGGAGGCGACUGAAGAGUGAAAAGGCCAUAAAGGACUCUUACAACAAUGUUGAGCAGGAGAAAACAAAAUUUGUUAAUGAAAUUGAGAAGCACAAGGAGUCUCUGAAAAAGUUAUCUGACGAGGUCGAAAAGCUUAAGAUUGUUAUUGGCAAUAUUCCCGAGGGUUCGAAUGUGGUUCAACUUCUCUCUGGACCCAAUGUUGAUGACUUGGCUACUUCUUACAUAUCUUCUGUGGAAAGUUUUGAAAAGGAAGCUCAUUCAAUAUUUCGUGAGCUUGGAGGUCGCGGUAAUCUUGGGGACGCAGCUACAAAUACAGAUGGUUCAACAGCUGCUACAGGUUCUCUUGUCCAAGUUCAAUCCCAAAGCACGGCAUCUCUGGCUGCUCCUGGAGCUAGCAGUUUACCACCAAAAGCCACUGGAGAAAGUGAGAAAAGACUUGCAUUACCAUUAUCCAAAGCUAGUGUUGAAACUCGUCGAACAGGUAGAAAAUUGGUCAGGCCUAGACUCGUAAGACCGGAUGAGCCACAAGGUGACACUGAAAUGUCAGAUGCCGAAGGACCACUGGGCAAGACUGGGCCGUCUAGUGACACAGAGACAAGUAAUUUUGCUCAAUCAUCUCAACCAUUGGCUCGUAAACGUCUUGCUCCGACAUCCAGUUCUGAGUUACGUGAAGAAUCAGUUGCAUCUGGAGAGAAGAGCUCUGAUGUAGUAGCACCUGUGUUGAAGAAGUCAAAAGGGUCAGAGUCACCAGAAGAGAGUACAGAAGAACAACCUGCUGCAGCUCUGGAAUUUACUGGCAGUCAACAAGCAACUGAAGAAUUAUUUGAUAGCAGUGAGUUGCCACAAGGCCAAAAUGAGGAAGGUGAAGUCCAAAAUGAAGACGGUGAAAUUGCUGUUGGCAAUGACGAGGAAUCCAAAGAUCCACAACACUUGGAUGGUACAAGUCAUGAGGAAUUACCAGGGGACAGAACUGGAAUUUUAGAUGAGAAUCCGGAUCAACCUGAUGAGAUGCGGAGGGAUCACACUGACGCAGACAACCAGCAGUCAAUAUUGGCGCCCAGUGGUGAGAGAGAAGAGGGAGAAUUGUUGCCAGAUGCUGGAGAUCUUGAGGGUGGUAGUGAUUUGUCUAACAUUGUGGAGAACCAAGAAUCUCGGGAAGGUCAAUCUGAGUCUGCUGCAACCCCUGAACGUUCCCCAGCACGAGGGGAUGAUGAUGCUCUAGAGGCUGGUGAGAUUAACUCUCCUGAGCUAUCAAGCGAUGAUAAGAAUGAUGAGCCUGACUUGGUUGAGGAGGCUGCCGAUGGUUCUGACAAGUUAAUUGAUGUUAAUGAGCCAAUAUCAGUUGAGAGUGAUCAGGUAGCUGACCCGACACCUGUUGUGAGUGAUGCUUCUACUUUGACUAGUAGUGUUAUAGAAAGCAGUUCGUCAAAGGUGAACAUACCUGUUCCAAGGCAAGGAACCCCCACCGCCCCCUCUGAAACAGAAGAGACAACAAAGCAGGCAUCACCUAUUGGUAGUACUUCAACUACCAUAAAUUUGUCAGAGCGAGCACGGGAAAGGGCACAAAUGAGACAGGCUGGUUUGGUUUCUACCCCUAAUGUUACUAGAGGUCGCGGAAGAGCUGCUCCCCGUGGACGCGGUCGUGGUCGGACAGUAGUACGCCGGCCUCCUCCAUCAUCUGGUGGUGAACCAUGAACAGUAAAUUCACUGCCAGUUUAUGAAAUUAUUUUACUCAGGGUUGUAAACUUCUCCCUUAGUCCUACUAAUUACAUUAUAGACCACUUAUUAGGUGUAAAUUGGCGAUCUGUUCUCGUCAUGUAAAUACAAUUUUGCUUUUCAUUGGUUUACUCCUUUCUAUCACUUUUUGCCUCGAAUGAUGAUUUGGUUGUGAGAAUGGUGGUCCUGUU